UCUGAUGCCGUGACUUGGACCAAAACAACGGCGGACAUCCUUUCGUUCACCACGGCUCGGCUCUCGGUGCAGUUGUACUAAAACGUUUACAAGCUACAUUAUAUAAUCUACUCAUCUGUGUACAAAAUAUCAACACGUCUUAAACAAAGGAAGCACAAUGGAUCUCGAUGACAAUGUUCGAAGUAUUUUAACGUGUUUGCAGAACUUUUUAACCGAGACAAACCUUUCCUGUAGCGUUUCGCUGACAGUGGAUCCUUCUGCCAUCUGCACAAUCAAUGCAUCACAACUCAACACACAUUUGAAAAAGCUCAUAUCGUCCUUACAGACUUUGGUUCAUGACCAGAUGACAGAUGAGGAGGAAGAGGCCACCCCAGGAUCCAUGGAUUCUACAACAUCUCAAGCAAUUAAGGAUGAAGAUCAGAAGCCAUCCAUCACAGUAGAUCCAUCGGUGGUGCAGAUUAGUGCAUCCAAUGCAGAGAUUGAGAGACGAAUCCGAUCCUUCAUGGAGAAGAAACAGCUGGAAGUUGAUGAUAUCAACAGACGAGAGUUCUACUCUGUCCCAGUGACAUCCAAACAUCACCAUCAGCUUAACAGCUGUGCGCGCACUGAUGCCAUCUUCAUACCCAGAGCUGGCUACAAAAGUCACGUCAAGGUAUCCCGGGUCGUCAACGUUCAUGGACCACAGACAAGACCAACAAUGGUGUCCUAUCGCCCGAUGGCAGGCCGGUCACCCAGCAGUAGGGCCAGACGCUGUUUGACCCGCAUGAGCACCCAGCAGGGUAUAGAGGAGAGGUUGCAUAAUAUGGAGUCACACCUCAAACUCGCUCAAGGUGAGGUCCCUCGAUCGGGAGUCUACCAGAGACUGAAAGAAUUGGAGAGCCGGAUUCUACACCUGGAGGGAUUGUCACCGGAGUACUUUGAUGCUGCUACGCAAUCUAUGUUGAAGUGUCAGCGAGUCGACAGUCACGAAUCCGAUGUCAUGGCAGACAUCGGCAUCCAUGAGAUUGACAACAGAAUAAAGAAGUUACAAGAAUCCCUGCUGAGAAAAAGCACAGAGGCUGGUAAAUUACAGAGCACCAGUGGAACCGUCUCCUUAUUACACAAGACAUGAACAUUGUGGGGAAGUACAGUGGUUACGUAUCACAGUCAACCAUAGCCCAAUUUCCAAUUUCAUCAAGCUGAUUGCCUGGGAGCUAAUUUCUGUGUGUACUACAUGUAUAGCAGAAAAAUGUGCAAGAGCAAAAAUGUAUUGAUCAGCGAUCGAGACAAUUUGACUGCACUAGCAAAACAACGGUCACCAGCAGAAAGAUAGGUUUGGGAAAGGCCCGAUGUAUAAAAUCUCUUUGUACAUGAUGAAUGUGAAAAGAAAGGGUGGUUUACUCACCAUUUCAAAGUUGUUGACUCGUUAUUGCAUCUACCUAACCACUCUGCAAUUAAUUUCUGGUUUUUAUAUUAUUGUGGAUAUGUAGGUGAUAAACUUUGUGGAUUAGUCUAUAAUCUCUGGGUGAGAUUGGGAUCUAACUGUGUUUGAUUGGGACUUGGGAUUUCACUUUGACAUAGUGGGAUUUGGAUCAAAAUUUCAGAGUGGGAAUUUGAUCUUACUUUCACAGAGUAUUAUAUAGAUGUUUGUUGUUUGUUUGAAUGAUCUUCCCAUCAAGGGAACUCGGCAAUCUCCCACAAGGGAUAUAAACACCAA